UUCCAUAUUCUGGCGAGCCGAAACUCUGAAAGUCGUUCAGUUUCUUCAUCAUCCUCUUCCUCCUCUAUUUCCCGGAACCCAGCGCCAGCAGUUGGUCACUUUCAGUCCGGCAGUUAGCCGGCGCCCCGAGAUAUGUUCACCAGGGGCUCAAAGAAGCGGCGGUCCAGGCGAUCGGAAGAACUUGAAGAUCCGGACCAUGGGCAGCCUUGUAUCCGCUGUGGGGAGCAGUGUCCCGGAUUCCGAAUCCAUGGUUGGAGAAAAAUCUGCCUCCAUUGUAAAUGUCCAAGGGAAGAUCAUGCAGUUCGGGCAAUGCCUGGAGAUUUGGAAAAGAUGAUGUACAAACUUGUUUCUGAUUUCCAGAGGCAUUCCAUCUCUGAUGAUGACUCUGGCUGUGCAUCUGAGGAGUACGCCUGGGUGCCCCCAGGCCUUAAACCGGAACAGGUUUACCAGUACUUCAGUUGUAUCCCAGAGGACCGUGUUCCGUAUGUAAACAGUCCUGGCGAGCGCCAUAGGAUUAAACAGUUGUUGCACCAGUUACCAGCUCAUGACAGUGAGGCACAGUACUGCAAUUCGCUCGAUGAAGAAGAGAAGAAAGAGCUUCGCCUAUUCAGCCAGCAAAGAAAACGAGAAAACCUGGGUCGUGGGACGGUACGACUUUUCCCCGUAACCAUGACUGGCGCCAUAUGCCAGCAGUGUGGAAAACAGAUCAGAGGAGGUGACAUUGCUGUGUUUGCUAGCCGUGCAGGCCAUGGAGCUUGCUGGCAUCCACAGUGCUUCCUGUGCUCCACCUGCAAUGAGCUACUGGUGGAUCUUAUCUAUUUCUAUCAGGAUGGAAAAAUCUACUGUGGAAGGCACCAUGCAGAGAGACUUAAACCCCGAUGCCAGGCCUGUGAUGAAAUUAUCCUGGCAGAUGAGUGUACAGAGGCAGAGGGGCGCCACUGGCACAUGAAGCAUUUCUGCUGUUUUGAGUGUGAGGCAGCAUUGGGUGGACAGCGUUACAUCAUGAGAGAAAGUCGUCCAUAUUGCUGCUCUUGCUAUGAGUCACUGUAUGCAGAGUACUGUGAUAGCUGUGGAGAGAUCAUUGGUAUUGACCGUGGACAGAUGACCUAUGAAGGUCAGCACUGGCAUGCCACAGAAACCUGCUUCUGUUGUGCCCAUUGCCAGCAGCCCCUUUUGGGCCGUCCCUUUUUGCCCAGACAGGGGCUGAUAUUCUGCUCACGUGCUUGUAGCUUGGGUGAAGACCCCAAUGGUUCAGAUUCUUGUGAUUCAGCAUUUCAGAGUGGUUAUAGCAGCAGCGCCCUACAGCGGCUGGGAGAGGCUCGCCGUAGUGGACGGAAAGGGAAGAGCAGUAGUGCAGGAAGCUCGACUGAAGACAGAGCUGCAGUAUCCAGUAUAGAGGGACCCUGCAUUGCUGGAGGAAGAGGCUGUUGUGUUGCUAAUGGCCUCCCUACGGCACCCGUAGCCAUGGUGGCUAAGACUAGUGUCCAGUCUUCCACUAAUCCUGAUGAACAUUUGCAUGAAGGCUUAAAUGGAAAAAACCUGAUAGCAGCAAAUCUAUCAAAUGGUAGUAGUGGCACAGGAAAUUACUUCAGGACAACCCGGCCAGUUAGCUGUGUAGAAUUUAAGGAAAUCCCCAAUCACCACUUUAGCCACUCACCUCCUAAAUAUACAUCUCGAGGAACCUCCACAUCAAAGGACAGUAACAGCAAACAGGAUCAGACAAGCACAGAUGCGGAGCAUGCCGAUGGUCCCAAGACAACUCAUAUGCAACGCUUUUCCAUGCCUGACUUGGAAAACCGUGCUAAAGAAGCCGAUGUUCCCUCAGCUCCUCCUGCCACCUCCUCUUUAGAGAGGUCAGAUUCAUUUAAAUCAAAACCCAAUCCAGUUCAGCCCUCCUGUAAUUCAUCUCAGCCAUCUGGUGGAAACGUCAGCAGUGAUGUCCAUUUGCCACGGUCUACAUCAGCACGAGUUAGCUUUAGGGACCCAAUCAGCAGCAGCUUUCAGGUGGAAGAUGAAGAAGAGUUAGAUCAGGAAGAGGAAAUUCAAAAGCAGGAAGAGGCCGAGUGGGAUAUACCCUUUAGAAACAGAAAGGCCUCCACCCCACCACUGCCACGAGCGCACUUGGCAGAAAUGGACCUCCUAGCAGAUGGAAUGAAUCAGCAUCGCAGUUUCCGGCGGCGGAGAGGCGGACGAGGCAAGGCAAGCACCGAUAAUGUACUGCACAUGGGAACAGAACAGCGUUUCCGCAAACAGAGAACGGAAAGACCACGUAUAUACACUGGUGAAGAGUUUAUCUCUUCUGAGCACCGCCUUAGUGGACACACAUAUCCUCCUGAUCUAACAAUUCGGACACGUGGUGGUGACCGCAGGCGGCACACCCACAGUCACGAGGACCGCUGUUCCACUUGUUCUUCUUCCUCUGACUCGGAGGAGGAAGGCUACUUUCUUGGGCAGCCCAUUCCUUUGCCACCACAGCUGAGGUCCUACAAUGAAUCAAACAGAGGUAGACUGGUGCAGGAGGACAUGCAAGGUGGGGCCAGGGAAAAGAGAAAGGGACGUCCAAGGAGACGGGCCACCAGUAAGGACAGAGACAAGAACUGCAUAGUUUCUUGAUACUGCACAGGAAUCACUGUAGGAGGCCUUGACAUUUCAAACAUGGACACUAUUCUCUUGCUAUUGACUCUCCUUGUUUGGACAAGAAAGUCUUUGUGGCUCUUUUUUAUUUCAAUUAAAAAAAAAAAAAACUUCUGCUCCAGAUGGUAGACUGAAAAAGACACCCAAGAGGGGGAUCCUUCAUCAAAGGUGUGAUCAGGUAGUUCUUGCUGGCAGUUUGAGGAAAGCAUCCCCUACACUAUUUGAAUGAAUAGUUCAUUACUGUUGGACUGAUGUAAAAUGGAUUAACCUCUGAAGAUGUUAGAAAAGUUUGCACACGCCGAUGACCUUUAAAAGGUGGUAGUGUUUGUUUUUUUUAUGCACCUUUCCCAUUAGGCUCUGUUUUUAGAUGCUUUUUGUUCACUUUCUUUGUGUGAGAUGCACCCUUGUUGGAAUACAUGAGCACAAUGCAGACCUUUAGGACUCCAGCCCCUUAGCACCAUCAUUUAGAAAUGUCCCACCCCACAUGGUGAAGAACAUGCCAUGUUUAACUGCUUUUCAUCUAACAAGAAUGAACUCUUACUGCCAAAACACACAUGCUGUAAAUAACUACUGACCUGGACAGCAAGCAGCUAAAGAGCUAAGUUUUCAGAACUGUAGUCUUCCUGUUUGAGCUUUUUAAUGUGGUACUGAAUGAAAUGCCCGGAUUUAUUAUAUGGCAUCUGCCUUUUGCCAGUACGCUCUUACAUUUGCAGGCAAUUAAAAACUUGUUUUUUUUAUUAUUAAAGUUCUGUGAUCUGGGAUGGA